AUGCCUUACAGGGUCUUCUUGAAUGCCCCAACAUUUGCUGCUCUCAAGAAGCAGACUUCUGGAGACAAAUACUCCUGGCAGACGGCGAGAUCAAACUCACCUGGUGUCCUAUCGGCCGGGUCAAACAAUGAAGAAACCCAACCUGUUAGGGUUGGAACCUCAAGGUCGAAAGAUGAAGAGAGCUUGUCAAACUUAUCUAUAAGGGACCCGGAUGCUCAAGAAUGGUUGAUCCCGCCUGCCACGCUGGGAGCAGCAAGUCAGCGGAUCUCGGAGAUGUAUAAGAACGUCAUCUUUUCCGAUGUUGAAGAGGAGGAAGACGACUGGAAAUUGAUGGAGCAGGCAGCAGAGGAUGAGUCAGGGGCAGAGGAUGAAUCCCAUACUGUUCACAGAGAAGAGACACUCAUCUCGUGGCCACCGACGGCACAAGCUCAAAGUCAAUCUCGAGCGUUGACCGGGUCUCUUUUUUUCAAAACACAGGAUGACUCCGACGACCUAUCGUAUGCGCAUACAUCCACUUCAUCAAUCACGGCCUUUCCAACUUUCAUCAUCAACUUGCACGCGCUCACCAGUCUCUCGGACCUGGCAAAUGUGAUAGCGGGCAAGUGGACACGUAAAGUAAACCUUCUUGUUGCUGUAUUAGAGGUUGACGGACCGGAUGUAGUAAGGAUAAAAAGAGGACCCGAUGCUGGAAGAGAGAUAGGCGUGCUGAAGUUGGUAAUUGGCGGUGAGGAAGGUGGUAUAUGCAAGCUCACCGCAUGGAGAGGAGUUGCAGAUGCUUGGGGAGGGGUACGAGAUUGGGGCUCUGAUGAUGAGAGCUUUGAAGAUAAUGAAAGUGUGAGGAGGGGAGACAUCGUUUAUAUCGAGAAUAUUCUCGCAUCUUCUUCUGCACCUUGUUCUGACACAGGAAAAUCAUCUGCACGCCCCUCUAUGUCGUUGACGGCAUCUCCGAACCUCGCCUCGCGUUUACACAUAUGCUAUCGUACGUUGCCUACGGUCCCUUCGGACAGACGGUUCCGUCCAGAUCUGCGACUUGCAGCAAGUGAUCCUGGCUUGAGAAAGGUUGCAAGCGUUGUGCGAUGGUUCCAGGGCGUGAUGGGAAUUGACUGUGCAUGA